UUCUGUAUCUGAAUGCACUGCGUCGUCGUUUUGUCAAAAGAGGAACAAUAAAAUAGUAGUGUAUAAUUAAAAACCCUAAUAUUGUAUUUCUUGCACUCCAAGACUGCGCUACUCUUGUCGAGAUAGUUGUUGUACGAUGGAUUGGUCGCUUAUCAAACGGGAGAGAAAGAAGAGAAGGAGAAGAAACGAGGCACAAGAUAUUCCAAUGGAUGUGGUGGUUGAGAUUCUCAAGAGAUUACCUACAAAAUCCCUGAUGAGAUUCAAGUGCCUCUCAAAGCUUUGGUCGUCGCUCCUCUGCUCCAGAUAUUUCAGCAGCCUUUUCCUUACGGGCCAAACCCGACCACGUCCUCGUCUUUACAUCUGUUUAGCAGACCUCUACAAGGACCAUAAAAAUGUAAUCCUAUCUUCGGCUCCAGACACUACUAAACCGUCGUCUUCCUAUGUUGUUGACCGCAAUCUUACCAUCCCACGGAUGGGAGGGUACAUCUCGCAGAAUCUUCUUGGCUUCAUGUGUUACACCUUCUGGAGAAAACCGCGAAUCUGUAACCCUGCCACCAGACAACUUUUCACCUUACCCGCUGUAAAAUCCAGCAUCAUACCUCGAGGAGUAAUUAAGAAAAUCGCCUACUACUAUUUCGGACACAACCCUCUUAACGACCAGUACAAAGUAAUCUGCUCAAUUGCGCCAAACCUAACGACCAUGCCAGAGCAUUGGGUCUUUGUCCUAACACCUCAAGGAGGUUCCUGGAAAAAGGUGGCUCCAACCCCAUCAGACUUCUGUCCCUACACCCCGGUCCAUCGAGGACAGUCUGUCAAUGGGGUUAUAUAUUACCUCGCUUUGAUUGACAUGUAUAAUUAUGUGCUUGUGAGUUUCGACGUUAUAUCGGAAGAGUUGAUAAUGAGCCAAGUACCUCGCAUGGACGGUGAUGAAUUGCAUGGACGAUUCAGGUUAAAGAAUGUGAAUCUUAUAGAGUAUGGUGGAAAACUUACUGUUCUUGACUCUACCCAGCUAAGAGACAAGGGCAUGGUGGUUUUAUGGAUUCUGCAAGAUGCCGGAAACAAGGAAUGGUCCAAAAAGACUCUGAUUUUGCAUCCUUGUCAGCUGCAAUUAGUCAACAACAUUGUAUUCCACGUAAACGGUACUACUCAAAGUGGCAAGGUUGUUUUGAUACCACAGGAUUUGCUUUCUCCCUUUCACAUUCUUUGUUAUGAUCUACAAAGAAAUGAUAUGAGAAAGAUUGAAAUCAAAUGUAUACCGGACCACUGGUUUAGGAAGAAGAAAAAAGAUAGACGUUUUGACGUGAUGUUCAUGGAUCAGAGUGAGAGCGUCAUCGAUCUUGAUCUUCUUGGAGACUUUAACUAAUCCUAUCCUAUCUACCUCUAACUAACGUAUGCUUUUUUGU